UCCCUUUGAGAAUUCAGAAAUUUACUAUAUGAUCUCUGUAUUGGGUUGGAAAACUUCCCUAACAACUGAAAUUGCUAAAGAUAAAUGAUGGAGAGGUUAACAAGGAAAAAUUACAAACACUGAAAGUGAAUAUGUCCUUAUUUGCACACUAGCAAAUGAGGAUUCAGGUUUCAUGUCAAUUUCAGUGUGAAUAAUUCCAGCCUAGAACAAGAACAGACAGUAAAUGAAUGAGUUAAUUUUAGUUGUUUGAAAAUAAGAAUGUUUUCCAUAAGAGAUCAUUGAACUCAUCCAUUAGCAUGCUAUGGUGAUUUUCGGCUUGACCCUGGUCACAACAAUUAAAAGUAAAAAGAAUGUCACAACACAUACACAAAUCAGGUACAUCCAGAAUUUAAGGUCAGGACAUUCAAGCAAUCACAACCGGUGAUAUUACACUGAGAAGUGAAGCCAGCUAUAUUUCCUCAAUCCAGUGCAGAGUUGGAGAAAGUUUCUGUAGCUAGCAAAGGGAUUGUAAAAUGCACCAAUCAGGACUCUGUAAAACCACACCAAUCAGUGCUCAGUAGCUAGCCAGAGGAUUGUAAAAUGCACCAAUCAGUGCUCUGUAAAAUGCACCAAUCAGCGUUCUAAAAUGCACCAAUCAGCAGGAUCCUAAAAGUAGUCAAUCACAGGGAAGACUGAAAAAAGGUCACUUGGAUAGGACAAAAAAGGAAAAUGGGAGGGGACAAAUAAGGGAAUAAAAGCUGGCCACUUCAGCCACCAGCAGCAACCUGCCUGGGUGUGGAAGCUUCUCAAUAAACCUUGCUACCACUCACUCUUUGGGUCUGUGCCAUCUUUAAGAGAAGUAACACUCACUGUGAAGGUCUACAACUCCAUUCUUGAAGUCAGCGAGACCACGAACCCACCUGCAGGAGCCAACUCGGGAUACAACACCAGCAUUUUAAAAUUUUCUUUUUGUCUGUUCAGACAUGAUAACUUUUCUAGCCAUCAUUUUUUCCAUUCUAGUAGUGGUUACAUUUGUUAUUGGAAAUUUUGCUAAUGGCUUCAUAGCAUUGGUAAAUUCCAUUGAGCUGGUCAAGAGACAAAAGAUUUCCUUUGCUGACCAAAUUCUCACUGCUCUGGCAGUCUCCAGAGUUGGUUUGCUCUGGGUAUUAUUAUUAAAUUGGUAUUUAACUGUGUUGAAUCCAGCUUUUUAUAGUGUCGAUGUAAGAACUACUAUUUAUAACCUCUGGGCAGUAACCAGCCAUUUCAGCAACUGGCUUGCUACUAGCCUCAGCAUAUUUUAUGUGCUCAAGAUUGCCAAUUUCUCCAACCUGAUUUUUCUUCACUUAAAGAGGAGAGUUAAGAGUGUCAUUCUGGUGAUACUGUUGGGGCCUUUGCUAUUUUUGGCUUGUCAUCUUUUUGUCUUAAACAUGAAUGAGAUUGUACGGACAAAAGAAUAUGAAGGAAACAUGACUUGGAAGAUCAAAUUGAUGAGUGCAGUGUACCUUUCAAAUACGACUGUAACCAUGCUAGCAAACUUAGUACCCUUCACUUUGACCCUACUAUCUUUUGUGCUGUUAAUCUAUUCUUUGUGUAAACAUCUCAAGAAGAUGCAGCUUCAUGGUAAAGGGUCUCAAGAUCCCAGCACCAAGGUCCACAUAAAAGCUUUGCAAACUGUGAUCUCCUUCCUCUUGUUAUGUGCCAUUUAUUUUCUGUCUGUAAUGAUACCAGUUUGGAGUUUGGAGAGGCUGGAAAAUAAACCUUUCUUCCUGUUCUGCAAAGCUAUUAGAAUCAUGUAUCCUUCAGCCCAUGCAUUCAUCCUGAUUUGGGGAAACAAGAAGCUAAAGCAGACUUUUCUUUCAGUUUCGUGGCAAGUGAGGUACUGGGUGAAAGGACAGAAGCCUUCAUCUCUGUAGAUGCACAAGAGGAGCAUUGUAUGUCUUCUGGCAGAAAACAAACUGGUGGUGUAUGAAACAUUUUAUAUUUCUUACUGGUUUUUCUGUAAAGUAUGUGUAUGAAUAAUUUCCAAACAUAUAUCUAGAAA